CACCUCGCCGCGCUACAUCUCGCGAUAAUGAUAGAAUAUAAAUACAGCUGCUGACGCUCCUCACGUAGUAUCAGUGAGCUCAGUGACAGUCUGGACACACUCGAGACUGACGGUUUUGUUUCAGGCGACAUGGCAGCAGCUGCAGUUAUCCCAAAUCAAAAUGUGGUGGAGAGGGUGACCAGCCUCCCUCUGGUCAGCUCCACCUGUGACCUGGUGUCCACCGUGUACUCCAGCACCAAGGACACCCACCCUUACAUCAGGACCGUGUGUGAGGCCGCCGAGGUUGGCGUGCGAAACAUCACGUCUGCGGUGUUCACCACUGCGUCGCCCAUCAUCGGCAAGCUGGAGCCUCAGAUUGCCCUCGCCAAUGACCUGGCCUGUAAGGGUUUGGACAAGAUUGAGAGAACCUUGCCCAUUCUUCACCAGCCGUCUGAGCAGAUUGUUUCCAGUGCCAAGGAUGUGGUAACCAGCGCUAAAGACGUCAUGACGGGCACGGUGUCCGGCGCCAAGGACACGGUCUCAGACACUCUGACCAGCGCCGUGGAGAAGACGAGGGGAGCGGUGCAAGGCGGGGUGGAGAGGACCAGGGCUGUUGUGAGCGGGAGUGUCAGCACGGUGCUGGAGAGCAGAGUGGCCCGGCUGGUCAGCAGCGGAGUGGACUCGGCCCUCAGCACCUCUGAGAGUCUGGUGGACCAGUACCUGCCGCUGACGGAGGACGAGCUGGAGCUGGAGGCCAAAACUGUGCGAGGCUUUGAUGGGAGGGAGCCGAGCUACUAUGUCCGCCUGGGUUCACUCUCCACCAAGCUGAGGAAGCGGGCCUACACCAGGGCGGUGUCCAGAAUCCAGGACGCCAAGCAGCGAAGCAGGGAAUUCAUCUCCGAGUUGAACUCCACUGUCGACCUGAUUGAAUAUGGCAGGAAGAAUAUUGACGGGGCUAACCAGAUGGUGAAUGACAAGCUGAGCUCCCUGGUGGCGUGGAGGUCCGGCGGUCCGAACCAGCAGAAUGACCACGAGGCAGAGGUGAUAGAGUCUCGCACCUUGGCCCUGGCCCGCUCCCUCACCCAGCAGCUCCAGACCACCUGCCUCACGCUGGUCUCCAGCCUGCAGGGCCUCCCCAACAACAUCCAGCAGGAGGCGCUCUCCCUCAGCCGCUCCGCCUCACAAAUGUACACCAACUUCAGCAAGGCCAACAGGCUGAGAGACGUGCCGGACUCGGUGCUGAACAGCAGCAGAGCCCAGCUGGCCAGAAUGAGAGAUUCCCUCGACAACGUCAUGGACUACGUGGUCAACAACACGCCGCUCAACUGGCUGGUCGGGCCCUUCUACCCACGGAUGGCCCCGGAGCAGAACCAGAACCCGGCUAACGGUGCCAGCAGCACGCAGGCGACGUCCUCCAGCUCUCCAUCCAGCCAGACGCCCAGAGAGCCGCCGAUGGAAGUGGAGAUGGAGUCACUGAAGUCCCAGCAGCAAUAAUCGUCCGUCACAGCUUUCUGCUCUGAAGUUUAAGUCGUAUACUGCUUCGUAGGCAAAUGUUCACCUUUUUUAACCAUGUUGAUGCUUUAGGAAGCAAAACUAAUACAGCUGCAUUCCAAACACUGUUUUAUACAUUUUAAAAUGUUUUAAUUCUAACAUAAAAAUGUGAUAUUUGUCAAUUCUGUGCCAAAUUCUAAUCAAGACAUCGACAGUCAGAACUGUAUCCUGUGUUUAUUUCUACAUAAACUUCACUGGAAUCAGA